CGAGUCUCAAAUCCUGGUCCACUCUCCUCGAUCUCACUCAUUCCCCCACUAGUCACUCACUCGUCUCACUGCCACUGCGAGCGAAAGCAAGCAAAUAGCCUAAUCCUGCGCUGCUGCUGUACUGUGUAGCUAGUUAAUUAAGCGAUGCUGGCCGUGACGGUGAGCCAGGUUGUGGCGCUGCUCUCCUCGGCUCUCUCCGGCGCCGAGGACGGCGGCGGCGGCGUGGCGGUUGGGACGACGACGACAAAGGCGGCGGGGUACUGCUGCGUGUGCAUAUCGGCGUGCCGCGACGACGGGGACGACGUCCGGAGGCUGCCCUGCGGACACGCCUUUCACCGGGACUGCGUCGACCGCUGGCUGGCGCGCUGCCGCCGGACGUGCCCGCUCUGCCGCCUGCACAUCGCCGGAGGACCUGCCGUCGCUUUGGUCGACCACCACCAGCAGCAGCUCAGCGAGGAUCUCGUCAUCUGGUUCUCGUCGCUCUUUGUCGCCGGCUUGUAGCUACAGUCCGCUCGCCGCCGUAGGAUAAGCUAGCAAUGUGCCUCUGCCUGCACGCGCAUAAAGAUACGUGCACGGAGUAGGAUGAGCCGAGACUUCGUUAUUUGCGUCUUUGAUUUCCCUUGCUUCUUCGGUUCUUAGCUUUUCUUGUGAUAAAAAACAAGUUUGGAGGACAAAAGCUUCUUCGGUCAUGCUUAUACCAACCACUCCCAGGAGCAUCCUACAAACACAUUAGUACAAUAUUUAUAUUUGUAUACUAUUUUUUUUCUAGGCCGUAGGACAAAAAAGGUGUUCAUGUACUGUAGAGAGCACAGUGUUUUGGCUGGGGCUUUAACAAGUUUUCAUUUUAAUAAGAAAAUACUAGAAAAUAAGGAUGUGCGGAGGACAAAGUUAUAUGGAGUAUAUGAUAUGAUAACCUAUAUAUUUCACGAUAAGAUGAUCCAUGUUGUCUCUUUGGUUAGAUGAAUGAGAAGAACUAUUAGUUUUGACUGAAUGGAUAAGAGCGGAAGG